AAAAUUAUAUUUCUUAAUAAUUCUACUAUAAGUAUAGAGAAAACGACAACCAUUCAUAUUGGACGACAACGCCCCAGUUCAAAAUGCCUGGCUCGUUUCAUUUCCCCUAUUUCUUUUCAUCCGAAAUUCCAGCCGUCUCUAGCCAUACCUUGAUCUCGCACCCGAUCAAAUGAGGGUGGUCCUCCUAUUCUCCGAAUAGUACUUAGACAACUCCAGUGGUAUGAUUUUGCCAGGAUCUGCCCAGAAGAAAAACUUUGGAAUUUCAUUCUCAAGCAGCCAGGAAUUAUAAUUCUCCACAGCUUGGUAGACCUCUGCAGGGUUACCAGCAACGGGGAAUAUCUUGGCCAUCUCGUAAAUAGACUCGCGGUUUGCGGGAUCAAGGAACGGCUUCCGAUAAUGGUCCAAUUGUGCGGGAGACAGAGUGCGGAUGACUUGAUCUUGCAUAAAGAGCUCUAUAAAGACGUUGUCGUCGAUGAUGGCUUUGCGGAGGUUAAGCUGUCAAACAUAUACUGUGCGCGCGUUUCCACCGCGAGCUUGUCUGUCAUGUCAUGGCGUGGGUGGGGGAUGGACAGCGGAAGCUUUUUUAGUACACGAGCUUCUUUGCGACAGCGAACCGGGCCGACGACGCUAACAGGGUUAUCCUCUAUUUUUGACAGCCGGAAGGAUCACUAUGUGUCACUAUCACGUCCAAUUGCCUUAAAUGAGCCAAUAGAAAUGGAAAGCGAACAGCAAAGUCCAGAUCCUCCCGAGGAGAUCCUCCAGCUGAGGGAACAAUUUCAAUUCUCUCGUAUUGUACCUGCCCAAGCCGAAAGGCUGGUUUCGCUGUGCUCUCCUAUUUCUACCACGCCAGACCCUUCGAGGCUGAUAACCAUGUUCUUUAUGGACGAAUGUCGCCGUCGCCAAAGAGCAAUCAGUCAAUAUGCUGUGCGAUAGAGGUCUCCUACUCUCGGUGAUCCUCGCCUACUUCCCAUUAGCCAUAUCACAGACAUGCGUGUGGCAGGAUGGCUCCACGGCCACAGGUUAUGCCCCAUGCAUAUCGGGAGCAACAUCAGGCACAUGCUGCCACUCCGGUGAAGCCUGUCUCGCAUCUGGACUAUGCUAUGGCGCGCCUGGAUUGAUGUACCGCGGCGCCUGCGUCGACAGCUGGGACACACCCGACUGCCUGACGUUUUGCAAAGAGUACCUGCCGUACUGGGCCAACAUCUACCCGUGCACCGAUGGGGUUGGAGCGGACAACCCCAAAAAUUUCUGGUGCGGCAGUCCUCUGCUGAAAACAUGUAGUGCGGACGAGGGCAAGCUCUUCAAGAUCAGCCCCGGCGUGGCCGUGAAAAUAUUACCCAGAUCCUCGACAACUACGGAGUCAUCCUCGCAGACCACGUCGUCCUUGCCAACCUCGACCCCCUCGGCGUCCGACACGGGGUCAUCGCCGGACCCUACAUCAUCCGACCCAGGAGCUACAACUCCCACCGAUGGGGUUUGCUCAGACAAGACCACCUCAGAUAAGACCCAGUGCUCGGGCGCCACAGAAGCCGAGAAAAUCCACUUCGCCAACUCUAUCACAGCGGUGGGAGCCGGCGUAGGAGUCCCGCUCGGCGUCCUCGCCCUAGCGUUUUUGGGGCUUUUCAUGAACGAGCGACGCCUGCGCAAGAAACUGACGAAGCCCGCCGAUGUGGGCGGCGCGAGCGUUGCAUAUGGGCCGGUUAAUAACACAUACCAAGGCCCAGAUUACGGCGGCCAGGGACAGGGCCAGGGACAGGGCCAUGUACAAAGUCAAGAACAAGUGCAAUAUAUAUAUAAAUCCGAGAACGAGAUGUCUGCGAACCCAGAUCCGGCACAUGAGAUGACAGGGGGUCAUCACCGUCCUGUUCAUGAGCUUGGGGGUCAAAAUUACCCAAUGUAGUUUUGUGUUGAUAUAUAGCCUAUUAAUUAGUGUUAAUUAUUAGUUUGAAUGGCCAUCCUGAUACAGUCCG